AUGUCUUUGUAGUUAUCAGGGUGUAGGUCAUUUUAUUGUAAAAAUACUGACUAAUUCGUGACAAUUUUUGUGUAGUCUUAUAGUUAAUUGAAGAGGAUUAAUUCCACCCGAAAUAGGGGUGUGUAUGAAGUGGUGCUCCACAACCCACGUAUUUGUAGCAAUGCAAUUGGUGUCGUUUUGGUGGAGAUAAUAGAAGUGGCGAGGAUGAGGUCACAGUGAUUGGUUCCAACGGCACCACGGCUUCUACUGUGGCGGGCGGCGCGAGAGGAGAGGAGUCUCCCUCGCAGGCCAACCUAGAUACCGUGGAUAACACUACCCCCACCUGUUGGUGGACUGCGUGGUCAGCAAUGGGCUGCUUCGGGUCUCCAGGUGCCAAGAGUGGCGAGGAUGACGCCAAGUCCCAGAAGCGGCGGAGUGACGCCAUCACUCGCCAACUCCAGAAGGAUAAACAGGUGUACCGCGCAACACAUCGACUGCUCCUGCUGGGCGCAGGGGAGUCGGGCAAGUCCACGAUUGUGAAGCAGAUGCGUAUCCUGCACGUGAACGGGUUCUCCGACAAGGAGAGACGAGAGAAGAUCGAGGACAUCAAGAAGAACAUACGGGACGCCAUACUUACAAUAACAGGAGCAAUGAGCACCUUGACCCCGCCCAUACCACUCGAGAAGUCGGAGAACAAAGCGCGCGUCGACUAUAUACAAGAUGUGGCUUCACAACCUGACUUCGACUACCCAGCAGAGUUCUACGAGCAUACGGAGGAACUGUGGAAAGACCACGGGGUUCAGCGGACGUACGAGAGAAGCAAUGAGUACCAGCUCAUUGAUUGCGCGAAAUACUUCCUAGACAAGGUUCACAUCAUAAAGCAGCCGGACUACACGCCCACGGAGCAGGAUAUUCUGCGUUGUCGUGUGCUCACCUCCGGGAUUUUCGAGACGCAGUUUGUCGUCGACAAAGUUAAUUUCCACAUGUUCGACGUGGGCGGUCAACGCGACGAGCGUCGCAAGUGGAUCCAGUGCUUCAACGACGUGACGGCCAUCAUCUUCGUGACGGCGUGCUCGUCCUACAAUAUGGUGCUGCGAGAGGACCCCACGCAGAACCGGCUGCGGGAGUCGCUCGACCUCUUCAAGAGUAUAUGGAACAACAGAUGGCUGCGCACGAUAUCCGUGAUCCUGUUCCUCAACAAGCAGGACCUGCUGUCCGAGAAGAUCGUGGCGGGCAAGUCCCGGCUGGAGGAGUACUUCUGCGAGUUCGCUCGCUACCAGACGCCGCCCGACGCCACUCCCGAUGCGCGCGACCAGCCCGAGGUCGCGCGGGCCAAGUACUUCAUACGAGACGAGUUUCUGCGUAUCAGUACUGCGAGCGGCGAGGGCAAACACUACUGCUACCCACACUUCACGUGCGCCGUCGACACGGAGAACAUCAAGCGUGUGUUCAACGACUGCCGCGACAUUAUCCAGCGGAUGCACCUGCGACAGUACGAGCUGCUCUAACGUGAUAACGUGGAUGAUACGUCUGCGCUGGCUCAGCAUCAGCGAGCGACACAGUGACACCAAAUUAAUGCGACAGCAAUAUUUACUUAUAUUAUAUACAUCUCCGUAACACCCUGUAUACUAAUCUAUGGUCUUUUAAACAAAAUGGCGCGUUAUCUUUGUCUAUAAUCAUUAUUGUGUCUAUAGUUUUUGAUAACGCGCGAUAAUUGGGCUGUUCACACGUGGCGAAUCAGCGAAUUGUAAUAUUUUUGCGGUUACAGAUGCCAAUAUACUUCAAGAGAAAAUCUACCACAAAUUACUAAAAUUGUUCGAAGGAUAGUAUGAUCGAGGUAACAUAGUGCGAUUAAAAAUUUGAAGCAAAUAUGUAUUUGAAACAUUUAUUGUUCACAUUUUCGCAUAAUAACGUUGUUUUUAUUUGCUUGCUGCAUUAGUCGCCCAUGUGCAAGCACCCUAAAACUAUAGCGUAUUAUCGUUUUCAUUUCAAAGUUACUUUUUAUGAUUUUAUAUUGAUAAUAUGCAUCUAUGAUUUUUCUGUUGUUCGGAUGGUGUUUCCGAUUGUUCGCUGGCCAUUCGGUAAUUUGUGCGUUCUGAUAUUGGCUCGAUGUCGCCAGUACAUUUGGCUGUCCAAACCUACCUUUGCCUCAUAACAAUUUGGUAUGUCAAUGUGACAGAUGGCGCGUUUUUUUAACAAAUCUAAUUUUUUACACUAUACCAUUGAAACUAAUCAAUGAUAUAAUAUAUAAAUAUUGCUUAUUAGCAAUUUCACAGAAUUAUUAAACUCUUGGAUUAUAAAUUUAUUAACGAAAAAUCAAGGUUACGACAUAAUUUUUCAAUUCAUGAUCUAACCAAUAUUAUGAAUAUUUUAUUGAUGUUUGAAAUAGGAUAGUGCAAUAUUUAUAUGUUUUGUAAAUAAGCGAAUAUCGAGCCAUUAUUUAAUUGUGAGGCAGCUAUGUACAUGAAUCAUUUUAUAUUGAGGAUCAGUACCUUUUUCGGUUUUAACUGAGGCUACACAAUAAAUGAUAUUUUGUAUACAAAUCCACAACUAGUUUUAUACUAAAUAUAGGUCGAAACAAUGGGCAUUGUUUAAACAAAGGUGUACAUAAGUUAUUUGCUGGAAAGGCACAUGUUAAAGACCCGUCACACUCUUGUUUGAUUACUUAGCAAUCAGGCAGGGCUUGUAAACCGAAUAACAAUGCUAAUCGGUUAAAGUGUAAGUAUAUAGAGAACAUUUUAUUCGGUUUUGUUCUAACUUGUAUAAAAAUUACGGUUUUUGGUUAUUUAUGUUCAUUUGAACUUAUUCUUCUUUUGGCGCGUUAUGGAAAAAUUAUCAGAGAGAAUUUACAAAUCGACACCCUUAACUAGACCAUUUGUAUCAUACUUCAGCUACCAACUCUCUUGAUACUCAUAUGUCGUCUACUCAACCAUAACGGGUGGACGAGAAUUAUAUAAAUGUCAAAAUAUAGUUUCAAUUUAUAGACAAGUUUUAAAAUAAAAUAAAAAUUCUCUCCAAUUGUAUAAAAAUGAUUUAAUGUUAUUUAAUUACACGUUAUUUAACUAAGUUAUGCGGUAGAAUAAUAUUUUCUUUGUUUGUAUUUAAUAUUUUCUUAAUUACAAUAUUGUUUUAUCUGCAAUCGUAAAAUAGCACGAGGAAUUAAUUUUUAAGGACUAUUGUUUCAUUACACCAAAGAAGAAUAACUUCUUGCGUGCGUACAUCAGAACAAACACACUUUUUUUCAAUCCAAAUUUAUUUACCAUUGCCGACUCAUGUACUCAGUACAGUUUCAUUUUUAGGGUUCCGUUGCCAAAGGGCAAAAAACAGAACCCUUUUAGAUUCGUCAUGUCUGUCUGUCUGUCCGUCAGAAUGUCACAGCCACUUUUUUCCGAAAUUAUAAGGUAUAAGUACUGUUGAAUCUUGGUAAGUAAAUGUAUUCUCCAGGAACGCUUGCACUCUAAACGGAAUAAUGCAUACAAACCGAUUUUUACCGGUAAUAAAUCGUUAUAUAUCCGAGCCUUGCCGACAGGUCAUCAGGUUUCUUACGGAAUAUUUUUACAAACGAGUAACAUUUACAUAAACAAUAGCACUAAACUACCAAUGAACCACUGAUAUCUCAUUGUAGACUACAGCCAGUAUAUAAUAUAAAAUAAUGUAUUUUAUGAUAGAUAAUGUUCAUCACACAAAUGUGACUUUUCAUUGGCAAAAUAACUAUAUUGAAACAUGAAGUAACUUGUGUACACCUUUUAACAUCACCAUCAUUGGGCGCAACCAAAGAGAUUAACGUAUAUAUAAAAUAUGACAUAGAACGAACAAGACGGAAAUAAUCUUAAUAGUUAUUUUGUAAUUCGUGUGAAAUUCAACUUAGAUAUACAAUGACGUUCUAUACACAUAUAAGGACAUAUCAUUCGCAGUCUGACAGCGGAACGGAAGAAGUGUGCUUAAAGACAAUGUAAGCACUACACUCUACUUAGCUGUGUGUCAACUGUCACUGUCUGAAUCAAAUCUAAGCUAAAUAAAUGUUUUACAUUGCUGCUUAUUGACCAAGAAUAUUUUAAACAACUGGAAUAAAUGCGGCAAUGUAUAAAUAUAGUAGUCACAGCUUGUGUGAUUUGUGUCAUAUUUCAUAUUUCGGCUUUGAUUUUAUACGUGAUUUGUCUAUAUGUAUAGAACGUCAAUGAAUAUAUACAUUGUUGGUACUUUUGACAGUCCGUGUCUGCCGUUCGAUAGCUGAAAUACGUGGUAAUUGAUUUAUAACGUUUUAUACUUAGAUUAAGGAUUGGUCUCGGCUGCGCUCCAACUAGAUAUCGCACUACCUGAGAACAUAAUAGCUUUUUUAUUACUUGCCGUAAUAAAAAAGCUAUUGUUAUUGUUAACUAUUAGAUGCUCGUGUGCGUGCCAUCUUGACACUCAAUGGCAUCUCUAAAGUUUUGUAACUAACGCUUCGUGCUAUUUUACAUUGAAAUUAAUAAAAUACAAAAUACUUACUGAUGAUAUGUGAUCCCAGUGUCUUUUAAUUAAUUAUUAGCAAAGUUGAACAGAACAUGUGGCAAGUCAACGUCACACACGUCUUUCGAGACUGGCUCGGGUACGCCCACUUGGGCGUAGUAUUAGUUGCCGUGUUUUGGGACUACGCCUGCGGUAUCUAGUUGGAGCGCGGCGGAGACCAAUCCUUAAUCUAAGGUUUUAUAGAUAUUGCAAUAUAGGUUGCGUUCAAAUGACCGCUGUAUGUAAAUCUCUUUGGGGUGAAACCGCAUUUCUUUUUUAAUACAUAUUACAACGUACGUCUGUACUGUAUAUUUUGUUUGAUAUUUAUUUUCCACUCAUCAACAUUGCGUUGUUUCUUUAUUCGUGCAAUAAUUUGGAAAUUUAGAUUGUUUUAGUUUUUUUAUUAUAGCGAUAUUUGAAGUUAGCAAUGAAUUAAGCACACGUACGCACGUGUUUUAUAAAUGAUUAUUAUAUUUUCAAUUGUAUAGUUUUAAUUUGUUUAUUAUUAUCAACGACUAGGAAAUAUGCUUUCGUCUGUUUUUUUUUCUUAUGUGUAAGUUUAUUUUUUAAGUUUUAUCAUUACGUCUUCCAUGUAACUAUUAUUUCCUAUUAAGUUUUAGUUAACCCGUCGUCGACUUUUGCAUAUUUCUGACUAAAAUAUAUUAAUUGUAAGCACUAGUUGAGCUUUGCUGGGUAGAAUGUAAGUUUUUAUUGAGUUAUUUAAUGUUAUGGAGCUUUUAUUAAAUUUAAGAUCCAAAGAUUUUUUCGCCGGUCGUAUAAAAUGCGCCACGUAAUUUCAUUUAGCAGUAUUUUUUUUCUCUUUUCAAUGAAAUGUAUAAUUUUGUGUAAGGAGACAUGUCAUACUAAGGUACAAAUGUAACUAACAAUUUAAUAUAUAAUUAUUAUUUAAAUUAAUUACAAUUGGACAAGAUUCCAGAAAAACGUUCCAAACCACAAUCAUGUUGAAAUUGAGUUGAGAACACAAAACUGGUCACGUGAUUCAUAUUAACGGAGUGACAAAAAAAUGGAAGCCCUACUGUCACUCUUUAAAUGACAUCAUGACUUAGUAGCCCAACCCACAUAAAUGGAAUACACUAAUAUUUAUAAAACUUAAAACACGAAUUCCUUAAAAUGUGAAUUUUGUGGCUUGGAACGUUUUUCAGGAAGUGCGUCCAAUUUUUGGUAUAUUUAUGUAAUUGGUUUAUGUACUUACCAUACCUAUAUAAAAGAGUUAUAGAUCUAUUUUUCUCGUUUUUUUUUUUGCAAAGAAUUGUUAGGAUGUAAUUUUCGUUACCUCACUCUUCGAGUUUUCCUGGAUUUCUGUGAAGUGUUUUGUGGUCCUUGAUAUAAGAGGUUUGAAGUUGUUUAAUGUGCCAUAAUGAUGUUUAAAUCUAGCGGAAACACCAUAAUUUGGUUACCAUGAAAUGUUUAAUGAAACCCCUCUCCUAGUAAUGAUAAUCAUUACUUUCAUUCACAAAACAUUCUAGUUUGUAUCAUAUAUUUUUUAAAUAAUGAAUUGUAUUUUUUUUCAAUCGCAUUAAGUUUUCUUUUUAAGUAGAAAAUAUAGAAUAUUUUAAUAUAAUAACUUCAUACAUUUCUUGGUGCGUGUAAGGUCGUUUCGUCGUCAAUUUUUCUUUGGACCGUCUCGGCUUUAUGGGAAUUCCAUUAUUUAGCGUAAGUGGAAAUAAUACUUUCGGAUAACCAAAAGAUCUGUUUUUAUAUAAUGAACGGCCACAUCACUACAUUAUGGGUUUCAUUGUGUAAUUAAAUUUUAAUACGGCAUCAUAAACUUAUUGUAAAGCAACUUAAUAACUAAAUAGGUAAGUUAGUUUAUUGCGGUUAAUCGAAAUUGUAGACUGCUAAUGUGAAAAUCCCCAUCUCCCUGUCAGUUUUGUGACUACCCACAUUUUGGCUAAGAAAAAAAAACUUGAGACAUUUAGGCUGGAUUUAGUGAUCGACCGACGGUCAGCGCUGACAUCGGUCGAACGUAGCGCGUACGUUGCGUUUAGUGCUCAGCUGACAGCAAACUUGAUGUGCGUGUUGAGAAGAAAAGUGAAUCCAUUUUUAACAUCUUAUGCGUACUACGCAAACGAUUACGGAAUAAAAGUAGGAGAAGAUAUCAUAUUUACCCAAUUAUUAUAGAGUGUAAGAUUGAAGAGGAAAUUUAUAUUAUAUUAUUUAUAAAUUUAUACAAUAUAUUUGAUUAAUGAAUUAUUGAUUACGAACGCGCGUACGGUCGGUUGCUUGGUCAUCGUCGCAUUGAACGCACGAAUUUAUCGACAUAGUGCCUCAGCGGACUGACGGUUCUCGUCAGCGUGACGUAACUGUACGCGCGUAACAAUUCAUUAGCGCCGGACUGUACGCAUUCAUAUAUUUUCGUUAUUAUAGCUAUUCUUGACCGAUGUCAGCGCUCACCGUCGCGUAGGUCGAACACUAAAUGCAGCCUCAACUUUGCUAAUCGAGAAUCUCAAGUAAUAGAUUGCCAGAAUUCUGAUAAACUUGUAAAUGGUAGCGUCUCUGUAAUGGCGCGUGAAAUAUUUCGGAGUUUUUAGCACAAUCGCUGUAUCUUUCUUCGGCAAUGUCCAGUGUAAAAGGUGUAAUGAUCGCAAUAACAUAUGAGUGUAAAAAGUAGUUUAAUGCAUAUUUUCUAUGUUUUUUCGAUACGUAGACGGUACUGCCAUAUUUCUCGUCGAUAUUCGACUAUCGUCCUUACACUAGAUAGCAAUAGGCUUAGACCAAGAGCGAUUACCGUGAGCGAUUAUGAUUUAGCACGCGAUAUAGCGCACAAUAUCAUUUUGUAACCUAUUAUAAUUAAAUCUCUGCACAAAACUUUGCACCGGUUUUGUUUCUGAUAACUGACAAUGAGCUUAAUUAGAAAUCCUCCAAGUCUAACGUACUAAACGGGUUUCCACUGCAGUUGGAAUUAUUUUUUAAUUGUCAGGUUUACAGUUUAUGUAUCGUUCUUCUUUUUACGCGCGAAAGUGUCAUGGUGGCCGUUUAUGACGUCGCGCCUCAGCCAAUGAAUGAUGUCGCGUGAUACAAACAACUAAAAGUUCCGACGCUUUAGUGAUUAUUGAGCCGUGACGUCAUUCAUGUUUUAGUUGACGUGCCCGAUUGCCGCAUUUUACCUUCUUUAUGUCAAUAUUUUAAAAACUUUCAUCGCAUAUAUUUUUGUAAAAACUUUUUUUUUUUAAUUUCUUAUUUUUUUGUCAUGUCUCGUUAUGAUUGAUUAUUUUUGUGCAGAGGUUUUUUGUUGAAUAUUUCGAACGCACACAUGUAAUUGUUUAACACAAUAAUAAGAAAUAUUUUGACUGUUAUUAUAUAUCACAAAUUAUCAAGUUAUGUUAUAAUUUAAUAUAGAAUUGUUUCGAUGAACUGGAUUUUUACAGCUUCUUUAAAUAACUUAGCGCCAACGUUCGUGGCACUCGCGAAACGGUAUAUCGUAGUGACUCGCCGUGUUUCUGACGAUUUUGGUCAUGUGGAUCUUUUUAAAUUUGUAGCCAAGGAUUCGAAAUAGGUUAAGUGUGCCAAGAACGGUUGCGGCUAUAGUACCCCCAGUUGUUAUUGUCGAUGUUAAAAACAAUAGAAAGCUGAAUUUUUGUGUUUGAGUUUGGUGCAAGUGAAUCCGGGUCCUGGAAACGGUUUGGCGUAGUCUUUGUAGAUAAUCGUGAUCGUUGACCUAUGCCUGCUAAUGCUCGUGGCAUGUGCGCUCUUAAAACGUGCGAGCGGUACUGCCGAUAGCGCGUUCUCGCUCGCACACGCAAAAUGCCCGUGUCGCACGAGUUUUGGCGGAAACUCAAGUAGUUCAAUGUCCGUUGCCAAUAAUCAAAUAGAACAACAACUCAUCCCAUCUUAUAUAACUUGUUAGAUAAGUGAUUGUAUUGCGCACAACGUAUAUGUGAGGGGGGAUCCCCUGACGCGCCGCCACCUGUGUCCGCGAUUAAUAUUACCCGAUAAAAUUUAAUUAAAUAUUUGCAGUUUUAUAAGAUUAAAAAAAUAAAACUUGUUAUUAAACACAAUGUUGAACACCAUGCCACGAAAUAUGAUUUGCUUGUGCACGGUUGACGGCGUACCUAAUGUUGCCAGAUACCCGAGGUCUCUCACAACAUAAGAAUAUAUUAUUAUUUAUUAUAAAAUAAAAUGUUACUUGUUUUAUAAUAUAAUAAUGUUUUAUGACAUGGUUUUGAUGGCUAAGUUCAUCGUUCACUCUAUAGUAAAUACUUAAUUUCAGUCAGCAUUUCUCCAAAUUUACGCCAAGAAAAAGUCUAUUCUCGACAUUUUUCUCACAUACUAGACAACUUUCACAAGAUCCGACACACUCACGUCUGUCUCCCGUCGGAGUAGGGAAAUACAACUAAACGCCACUUGCUUCUAUCUUUACAAACCUCACGCGCUUCCUCUACAUUCAAUACUCUUUUCAUACAUGCUCGCUGUCUCCGGGAGAAUCGGAUCUCUCCUUUUUUGAAAACGUCCCCAAUUUGGUCGACAAAUGUUCUGCUACAAGUUCUCCAAUUUUUUUAUUUUUCGUCAGAUUGUGGAAAAAACUACCGGGAGACCAUAGAUCCGAUGAUGGCUGCUCGCAACUAGAGCGCUCUAUUUUCGCAACCUGACAUUGGCUUACAAUGCUCUUCACUGAAUUGCAUCGCCAUUUAGACGACAAGUUGUUGAACGUUGAACUUAACGCGAAAGAGCCAUGGCAUUCCCGGCACUUUCGAAAUUACUACGAAUAAGUAAUAUACCAGUGGGAGGCUCCUUUGCUCAGGAUGCUGGCUAGAUUUUAAUGGGUCCCACAAGACGUCUAUUUCUGCCGUGAAACAGUAAUGUGCGAGCAUUAUUGUGUUUCGGUCUGAAGGGCGCCGUAGCUAGUGAAAUCCCUGGGCAAAUGAGAUUUGACAUAUUAUUCCUCAAGGUGAUGAGCGCAAUUGUAGAGCCGCUUGGAUUUUUUGGGUUUUUUCAAGAAUCCUGGGCAGGGCGUUUCAAUUACCAUCACUUGAAACGUCCUGCUCGUCUCGUCCCUUAUUGUCAUAAAUCGGCAACCUGUGUAAGAAAGAAGCCUCCCAGAUUGGUAGUUCCAGAGAUAAAUUUAUAAUAUAAGUAUAUAUUUCUAGUGGACACAGAUGGUGGCGAAAUAGUUUCUUGAAAGUGCAGCUAGCGUCGUAGGCUGCAAAAUAUUUUUCGGUAACAUUUUUAUCUUUCAUAGACCAAUGUGUUUGCUCCCUGUCUAAUGAGUCGCAUUUACGCUCAUAUUGUUUAUUAGCACAAUAUUAAUUAUAGAGUCUAUUUUGUUUAACUAUUUUGUGUUGGAUUAUACUCAAAAAUUGGGAAUAAUCAUAUAGUUGAGAUUUCAUGUUGAGUAUAAUUCAGAAUACAAGGUUAAAAGUUUGAAUGAUGCAAUCCGACUAGACAUGAGGCCCAGAGUCAAGAUUUAACAUAGACUGAAUGGAAUGAGUUGCACCAUCGUAAUCCUUGACAUUGUUAAAGAACUUUUGACAGGUCGCUAUUUAGACAUUCAACAUUAACAAUAACACUAUCCGGCGAAGAUUGGACGGUAACGGUACAGUUGAAAUUAUGACAUCAUCUAAAUCAAUGAUGCAACUCAUUUUUUGCUUAACCGGUACUUUAACAUGUUUUUAUUGCUAAAGUACAAUAAUGAUUGUUGAGUACAGCUACCAAAUUGACAGCGCGUUGUCAAUGUCAAACGUCAGUGUCACAAUUGGAUGAAAUGAUCUUUGAAGGCCUCGUGUUAAUACAGAGCUUGAGGAGUCGAUUUUUUAUUUAAUACUAAACCCCCUAACUGCACCUUAAUUAGAUUUCAAAUGUGAAAUCGACUGUAUAUUGCUCGUGUUAAGGUUGAUUUUCCUUCACUCAAAUAGUAGAAGGUACGUUACUUAUAUGGUAAAUUGAAUCGUAGAUUUUUUCGGAUUGAAGAAAAAUCAACUUUAAAAGUUAAAAUGUAUCCUGAAGAAAAUCUAUAUUUUUAACAAGUUUUUAAUUUUAAAAUAUACCUAUGUCCUAAAGAUUAAAAAUUAAAUUUUUAAUGUUUAUGUAUAUGUUAGAGCGGUUAGUUGGCUGCGGUGGUUGGCCGUACUAAGUAAGGAGUGCUUCAAUAUGUUUUCAGUGAAUCUUAAAGAUAAUUUUGUUAACCUACUGUCCAUGAUUACCUACUUGUAUAUCUGAUGUGUACACAAACAGUAAGUUUCUGGCAUUUUGAAUCCGACUUAAUGUAUGUAAAAAUAAAUGUUGUUUUAAA